CGUCGGGGUGGGACAGUGGAGGGACGGUCUGCUCAUGGCACUCAGCUUGCAGCUGGAGGAGAGCUGCAUCGAGGGGAAACAAAUGCGCAGCAGGGAAAGAGAUUGAAACGCAGGUACAAAUUGGUCGACUAGAGUUGGAUGCAUGAGUCCCAAAUGAAAUAGUUUGAACUUGUAGAUUAGAUUACUGUUAUCAGGAGGGCAUAGAUCUGCAGUAGAGGGAAAGCAAGGCAAGAUGCGCUGCGUCCGUGGCGCCACUGGUGCGCUAUCUGAGGACAGAGUGAGCGAUGGCGACGCACUGACACCCCGCUUUUAGAUGGCUCCAACAUUUGGGGUGCAAAACAGGUGUCAGGGAAGUGUCGUCACGAACCCCGGAAGCCGGAGGAGGUGGGAACAUCAGAGGGAAAGAUGGCAGCGAAAUCCGAUGGUCGCGGGGUCGUCACCGGUUUCGCCCAGCUGCACAACCUGGACGAGGUGGUGGGGACGGGGGAGGACGACAAUCGGAACAGCAGCUCAUUCCACAUCUGCCACUGCUGCAACACCUCGUCGUGCUACUGGGGCUGCCGGAGUGCCUGCCUGCAUUACCUCCGGGGGAAGGGGAAAGGGGGAGAUGCGGCGCGGCCACCGCAGGAGGAGCGCCUCUGGCUGGACUGCCUGUGGAUCAUCCUGGCACUGCUUGUCUUUUUCUGGGACGUGGGGACCGACUUGUGGCUGGCCGUCGACUAUUAUCACAAGCAGGACUUCCUGUGGUCAGGCCUGACCCUGUUCUUCGUGCUGGUGCCCUCGGUUCUGGUCCAGAUCCUGAGCUUCAGGUGGUUUGUGCAGGAUUACACUGGGGGCGGACUGGGCUCGGUGGAGGGGCUGAGUAGUCGUAGAACAGCCAGUCUGCAAAGAGACAGGUGCUGCCGCCUCUCUGUCUGGGUCUGGCAGACCGUCAUACACAUCUUUCAGUUGGGACAAGUGUGGAGGUACAUCCGCACCAUGUACCUCGGUAUACAAAGUCACCGGCAGAAGGAGAACCAGCGGCGUUUUUACUGGGCUAUGAUGUACGAGUAUGCCGAUGUCAACAUGCUGCGACUUCUAGAGACCUUCUUAGAAAGUGCCCCUCAGCUGGUGCUGCAGCUCUGCAUCAUGAUCCAGAGCAACAAGGCUGAGUGGCUGCAGUGUGUUUCUGCCAUUUCCUCCCUUCUGUCCCUGGCCUGGGUGCUAGCCUCUUACCACAAACUCCUGCGUGAUUCACGUGACGACAAGAAGAGCAUGAGUUACAGAGGCGCCCUGGUGCAUCUGUUCUGGCGCCUCUUUACCAUCUCCUCACGGGUGCUCUCCCUCGCUCUAUUUGCCUCAGUUUUCCACAUCUACUUUGGCAUUUUUGUGGUGCUCCAUUGGUGUGCCAUGGCUUUCUGGGUCAUCCAUGGCGGCACAGACUUCUGCAUGUCCAAGUGGGAGGAGGUACUGUUCAACAUGGUGGUGGGCGUGGUCUAUGUCUUCUGUUGGUUCAAUGUACGUGCGGGCCGGACACGGUACAGAAUGGUGGCCUAUUACACACUAGUACUGUUAGAGAAUGCCAUCCUUAGUCUCCUUUGGUAUGCGUACCGUGACCCAGUCACCACUGACGCCUAUGCCUCUUUUGCCCUCUGUGGUGUCUUCCUGUGCUUUGCUUCAGGUGUGGCCUGUAUGGUUCUCUAUUACGGGGUUCUUCACCCUAUGGGUCCCCGGUUGAGGGUGCUGGCCAGCUCCUGCUGUGCUGAGCUUCUGUGGGGCCUUCCAUUACCCCCCGAAGCCGAGCCCAUGGCUCCCACACCGGGGCACCGUGGCUCUCAGGCCACCCCCACACGGGGUAUGGCAGGGGAACACGAGGAUUCAGACGAAACACCCACGGACACCUGCCUUCCGGUUUUCCAGGUGAGGUCCACAGAGCCCGUGGAUGCAGCUGGCAGGCCCAUCCAGCCUGAGGGUCCGCUCAUCAAGAUAGACAUGCCCAGAAAACGCUACCCAGCCUGGGAUGCACACUUUGUGGAUCGGCGCCUGCGCAGGACCAUAAAUGUGCUGCAGUACAUUAGCCCUAAUGCGGUGGGCAUCAGGUAUAGGGACGGUCCGCUUCUUUAUGAACUCCUGCAGUAUGAAUCCUCCCUCUGAAGGCUUCUUCUCCCACAGCUCUGUCGCCUCCUCUUACACAGUAUGAUGCACAUGCGUUCCUUUCUUUCACUCUGCUCUUCCUCCUCUCCAGAUAUUAUCUCUUUCCAUUUGACACUCGGCUCUCUCCUUCUCUCCCUUCUAAUCAUUAAAUUUUCCUGCAGGAGAUGUGUGUUUGUCAACCCGAAAAUCUGUCAAGACAGUCUAAACACACAGUCAUGAUUUAUUUUUGGAAAAAAACAUCCCGUACAGAGAGAAAAUAAUGAACCUACGGUAUCUCAUGCGAUAUAAACAGAAGUAUCAUAUGAAUCCCUCUACAUUGAUAGAGGAGGGUUCUGUAUGAGUGUGUAGAUAACAUAUGAAUGUUCCAUUAUGAAAUGUGUUUAAUGCAUUAUACUGUAUUGGUGAUUCAAUCUGUGAAUACUUGUGAAGGGCAUAUUGUAUGUCCCUGUGACAUGGGACUGGCGCAAAGCCUGAUGGGAAUGAUGGAGGAGAGUCUCAGAGGGGACAGGUCUUUGCACAUCCCAACAUUUACUGCCAUUCUUAAUGUUAAUUAUUGAAAUGUAUGAUAAUGUUUACCAAGUCCUUAGCCUGCAAGCACUGACAAUUCGUAUCAUGACCCUGUAAAUUACAGAAGGGACACAAUCAAAGAUGUUUCGAAGAGAAGCACUUCAAAAUGGAUUUUCCCCUCUGUGAGCUUAUGUGGCUCAAGUGUAUCCUGGCUGUUCUAUUUUUGUUCAAAAUUCUACAUCGUAAUCGCAUCAUGUAUGGAGGAAAAAAGAAGCACAUUGACCUUCAAUCAGUUCCACCCACACAUUCAAUUUUUACAGCUCAGACUGCCCUCCGGUGGAGGCAAGCUGUAACAGCCUUACUUAGUCAUCUUUGCCUGAACAGCACAAAGUUUUAAGAUUUACCACCUGAGAUGAGAAAAAAAAAAAAAACACAAUGAAAGGAAUGUAGAAUGUAGUUGGAAUGAGCACAACAUUUUCUAAAUUGGUGGGUAGAAAAUAAUAAUAAAAAACAUUCCAAAGACUUUUUUUUUUUUUUUUGAAAGAUUGUAAGUCUAGUAAGGGGUAGAAGGGUACAAAUGUGUUUUAACACACAUUUUGGUUUGAAGUGCAAAGACAGCCUUCAAGGAAUCCUCCACCAUUCCCUUCUGAAUCCUAGAAAGUAAUCCCUUAUACAACCUCCCUAUUUUGAUUUGUUAUCAACAAAUGUUUUAGGUUGAUUAAUAUAUCCUUAUUGGGUGCAAAGGCGUGUAAUAAGUUCUUGAAAAAAAAAUAUGACAAGUCUGAGAAGAUAUUUCUAUGCUAUUAUACUUCAGUACGUAUUUGUGUCCACAUUUAUAGUCAUUGACAUAACUAUAUUUUGCCAGAACACACACUUUUUUUACAUAACAAAAAAAAAUGUUGUGCAGUGUUAAAAGGUAUACUCCUCACAGAGCAACUGUUCUGGCACCUGCUAGCGCAGUUCAAACAAAAGCCAAAUCGCAUCUUACAGUACUGUCUUUCCAAUCUAUCUGCCCCCCUUGAACCAGUAGAAUGAGUCCCUGCAAAACGUGUGCCAUCCAUCGGCCUGCCGUGCGGCAGUUAUACACUGAUACAUCUCUCAUGCUGAACCUGCGUGAGCUCUCCGCUACAGAUACCCACGGGACGACCGUUGUAUUCAAGACAAAAAUGAAAUAAAAUCUAAAGAAAACACGCCUUCUAAGUCAAAGGAACUUGACGAUAAUUACCAGAGGGCUACUGAACAAGUCAUGAGAAGAAAAUAAUGAAUGCAUUUCAUACUCAAAUUGUAUCUAUUUACUCAAUGAUCCAUCCGUAUAUAUAAUGUGUGGUUUUUUUAACACACACUUGGGCAUGACUUUGGUAUAAGGCAUUAGUCAAAAAAAAUGCACCCAACAAGGGAUGCCCAAGAGCCCUACAUGAAACAGAGAUUCCUUUCUCCUGGCUCACUGGCUGUCUGCUUAGCUGUGGCCACAUGUGCCUGCUAACAUCGUACUGUAAGAAGCGGAUGCCAUGUAAGUCCAGGUCAAAGGUGAGAGGGGUUUUUUGCCAGGGUUGGAAAAGAACAUCAGGGCAGAUCGUGAUAAAGGGCCUGACUGGUGUAUGAUUCCUUGUAUGCUUGUGUGAAAAAGAUCGGUGUUUACCUCUCUCUCUAGCGCGUGCUGUGAUAACUACGGUAUGUAUUAGGGGAUCUGAGUGUGCCUGCAUGGUGUACGCAUGCUUGUCUUGUGUGUCUCCUCAGCCCUUUACCACAGUUCUGUUCUCUUGCCGAUUGUUCGGCUCCAUCCCUGGUUGCUGCUCCGCCCUCUUCCCCAUCUCUUCGGUGCUGGGCCUUGGCGCACUCCUGUGAAACACUCUCACACUCUCUGGUAACUGAACAACGGGGGUCGAGGGUGAACAACUGGAGAUCCUGACAUGAGAACAUGCAAUGAGGUACACUGCCAUAACCGAGAGCUUCAACAUCCAGGGUCUGCCACCCUUCAGCUUAAAAGUGAUGUUCAGCCCUGAGUAAUUGAGUAACUGUUUGGUCAGCUGAAGUGGAGCAAACAUCCAACACACCAUAUGUAUAGAUAUACAUGAGUAUGCAAACAACCAACUUGUUCAUUGUUUACCAUAGUAGCCAGAGUAGUACCUCUCUGUUGUAGUGAAUGAACAGCCAUGUUAGUAGUUAGUCAAUUAAUGAAUAGUAAGUAUUGUUAAACUAAAAAAAAGAAAACUAAGCAAAACAGCCAAUACAAGGGUUCCUCAGGACCAACAAACAAGACCACUGAACCAACUGACUCAGGGGUGUCUCAAUGCAGUUCUCAUCCGCAGGCAUGUCCUCAAGGGUCUCCAUUUUUUCCUUAACAUAUUGUAUCCUGGACCACUCUUCGGAUGGGAUUGUACCACAAAAUUAUGGUUUGCACAUUUUUUUGUUUUCUUAGAAUGAUUGAUCAAUGAUUGCUCAUUCUUAUUAU